AUGGAUAUGGAAAUGGGUUUACUGUCACUUUUAAGAAAACUUCGGUCAUCAUCAGAUAAAGAAUUAAGAAUCGUCCUUGUUGGACUAGAUAAUAGUGGCAAGACAACAAUUUUAAGACAAUUGGCAAAUGAAGAGACACCUCACAUAACAACACCUACAGCUGGAUUUAAUAUCAAAUCGAUAUCAUCUAAUAAUUUAAAUUUAAAUGUGUGGGAUUUGGGUGGAAAUGCUAAAAUUCGACCCUACUGGCGUAACUAUUUCGAGAACACAGAUGUUCUCAUAUUUGUGGUCGAUAGCAGUGACAGAAAGAGAAUGAGCGAGAGCACUGGAGAAUUUAAUGAACUACUGAAGGAUGAAAAGUUGAAGUCUGUACCGAUAAUUGUGCUUGCCAAUAAGCAAGAUCUCUCGAGUUCUAUGAAGGCAGCUGAAGUUGCUGAACUGAUAGGUUUAGUUAAAUUGAAGGAUCGUGAUUGGCAGAUACAGGCGUGCUCAGCAUUAGAAGGAACUGGCUUGCAAGAAGCUAUGGACUGGAUUUGUAAAUGUGUUAAAAAAUAAAUUGAAAUUUUCUUAUUUGAGACGUGGAAUGACAUGGAGCAUUUCUGAGAGAUUUUUAAGUAAUUGUAUGUUUUAUGGAUAGUUAAAUUGGAUAUUGGCGAGGGAUUGUAACUUUCUGAAAAGUAUGAGAUGAUAUCGUGUCAACCACUGGAUUUAAAUUGAUUUCAAGUAAAAGUUUGGUCACUUUUCAAAAAAGUUUAAAGCCCCAAAAAAUUUUUAAUUAUUUAAAAAACCCAAAAAAAAAAAUUAACAAGAAGAAAAAACUUUUACGAAAUUGUAAGAACUACCCACAAAACCCCACAACAUCCAAAAGCAGCAAACAAUGAAGAAAAGAAAAAGUUUGAAGUGUCGUUUAAGGUGUUGAAACUUUCAACUUAUUCUAUUUAAAAAUUCUUUCAAUUUUGUUGUUUCCUUUUUAAAAUAAAACUUUAAAAUCAUGAAUAUGGAAGAAAGUUAUUAUAGCACAAGAUCUAGAAUAUGG